UGGAAGAGAGAGCUGUUCAUUCACUCCCUCCCACCUACAACUCCUGCCAGCACCGAGACUCGAACCUGCGACCUUCUGGUUACAAGUCCAAAUCUCUAACCAUUAGGCCACAGCUGCCCCCCUACAUGUGAAUAGUCCUUAAAGCCCUUGUCCUCCUCUAUAGAAAAUGGCUGAAAGUCACAAGCAAUCAUUCUCACCAGAGCCUCAUCAAGUUUGCUUUGUCUUAAUGGAUCCAUUGGUCUUGUUACAAAUCUGCUCAUUGUAGUUUGUUGUUGUGGCCUCCUUGACCCUAACUGCUCCUUGGAUGUUGGUGUGUGCUGCUGGUGUACUGGAUGCUGUAGAUGUGGUCAGCGUGCCAGACAAAGCCGUUAAAGGUCCAGCAGAAAAAGUGCUGUCUUGAGUGACAGUUGUCCUUCAGCUGAACCAUUGGUUAAACCUUUGUGUGACCCAAGCACAUUAUAUUUCUAAGUAAAUCACUUUAACUCUCCAGUUUUAUUUCAGUUUGGGUUACAACUGUUGAAGCUGAAGUUAUCAUAACCUUAGUGUUUUAAACUAACAUUAAUAAUUCAAAUUCAAAAUGUUAUUUGCUUUUAAUUUAUGUUAUUAUAUUCUUUUUGAGCAAUCUUCUUUUACAUAUAUCAGACCAAUAUGUCAAGUCUGCCUAGGAAAAGCAAUUAUUAUACCAGCAAACUCAAAAUUGGAGUAAAAAUGAACAAACUAGGCUAUAAAUACUUUGUAUUGUAGGCUUGGAUUAUUAUAUUAUUAUAUAGCCUAGUGUUUAUUUACAGAUAGACGGUCAAAAAGAUAAAUUAAUCAAUAUUUUAUUUAUAACAGGGUUUUAUUUAUUUAUAAAAUAAUAACACACCACAGAUCCUCAAGAAACAGUAACAAAAACAUAGUGACAGAAAUGUCAGAAAUAGCUUCUGGAGCUGUCAUGUGAUAAUUGAACGACUCAAAAACCCGAAAGUUUCAUUCACUUUUUCUCAGUCUGUGCAGGCGGGGCGCUGGUCAGCUCUCUGUCAGUGUUUCUCUUUCCAUUUCGAUGUUUGUGUUGCUGUGAAAAUGGCGUCAGCAGCAGGUAGACACAGUCCACAAUGGGAUUGUCCUAACAUGAGUGAUCUGAGGAUUGUUCUGCUAGGAAAGAAUGGAUCAGAAAACAGACGAGUGGCAAACACUAUACUGGGAAGACCAGUAUUUGACAGUGAAGCUCCAUAUUAUUCACAGCAGCACAGUGACAGAAUCAGUGGAGAGCUGGAGGAGAGAAAGAUCACAGUCAUCAACACUCACCUGCUCCAGUUGAAUCUCCCACAGGGAGUGAUAAUAGAUGGAGUGAGAGACUGUGUGUCUCUGUCUGCUCCAGGACCUCAUGUGUUUGUACUCGUUCUGCAGAAUAAUGACUUCAGUGAGGAGGACAGACACAGAGUGAAAUAUGUGCUGAACCUCUUCAGUUACCAGGCCAUGAAACACACUAUAGUGCUGACUACCGAUGAUGAGCCACGCAGAACAACAUUAACUUCUAGGAAUAACACUAUUCAUGAUAUAAUAAAGGAGUGUGGAGGAGGACAUCUGAAGUUUAAUACAGUAAGCACAGGAUGGCGCUCUGAGAUGUUCAGAAGGACAGAAGAGAUACUCAAGAAAGAAUGUAUAGAAUUUCUCUUCUGUGACAUGUGUGAGGAUGAAGAUAAAACACAAGUGGAUGAAGAUCUGAGAAGAUCUGGAGCUUCAGUCAGAGGAGACGACAAAACGUACACAAAACCAGCAAGCACUGGAGGAGUGACGACUGCUGGGAAAGCAAAGCUGAACAUUGUGCUGUGUGGAAAUAAUCCAACGCUCAAGAACUCAGUUUCUAGAAUCCUUAGAGGAAUAACGAGGAAACCUGAGAGAGAGAUGAGCAAUGUGUGUGUGAAGAGCGAGGAGACGAUCGAUGGACGUCAGAUCAGUGUAAUAGAUCUUCCAGCUCUCUCUCGUCUCUCAGAGGAGGAAGUGAUGUGUCAGACUCAAAGCUGUGUGUCUCUCUGUGAUCCUGGAGUUCAUGUGUUCAUCCUCGUUACUCCAGUUACUAUACUUACUAAUGAAGACAGAGCAGAAAUGGAGAAGAUUAAAGAAAUGUUUUACUCACAAGAGCACUUCAUGGUGCUUUUCAUCACUGAACUCACUGUUGAUGAAAGUGUGUCAGAUUUUGUAGAAUCCACAGAAUCUCAGAGGAUUGUGAGUCUCUAUGGGAGUUGGUACAGUGUGAUGGGGUUAAAGGACCAGAGAAACUCUGAACAGAUCUCAAAGCUGUUUGAUCGUAUAGAGAGCAUGAAGACUAUACCCUAUUCUCUUCAGAUGUAUAUGAGAGCUUCAGAAAAGAGAGUCAGACAUGAACUAGAAGAGAAAUUGAGAGUGAGAGACAAUGAAGUCAAAGAGCAACAGGAGAAGAGCAAAACACUGGAUGAUGAAGAUUCAGCAUCAGAUCCAGGAGAUUUAAGAAUCUUGCUGUUUGGGGGAACAGGAAGGGGAAAGUCUACAACAGGAAACACUAUCCUCGGAAACAGAAGGUUCCAAAGUAGACACAGUUCGCGUUUGGUGACCACUGUUUGUCAGAAGGGAGUUGGUGAAGUUGAUGGUCGAUCAGUAGCUGUUAUUGAUACUCCAGGACUCUUUGACCCCUCACUGACAAAAGAACAAGUUGUGGAAGAAAUAAUGAAAUGUGUUUCACUGUCAGCACCUGAACCACAUGCGUUCAUCAUUGUGCUGAGUGUGGGAAAAAUGACUCCAGAGGAGAAAGACACUUUACACAUGAUAAAGAUGAUCUUUGGCUCAAAAGCAGCAGAUUUCUGCAUUGUUCUCUUCACUCGAGGAGAUGAUCUGAGAGGACAAACAAUACAGCAAUAUGUAGAGAGACAUGAUGAACUCAAGAAACUGAUCAGUGAAUGUGCAAACAGAUUCCUGGCUUUUAACAACACAAGAAUACAAGAUCAGACACAAGUUACUCAGCUGUUAUGCAUGAUAGAAGAAAUUAAGAAAUUUAAUCAGGGUCAAUAUUUCACUAAUGAGAUGUUUGAGGAGGCAGAGAUCUCCAUUGAACAGAGAAUUGAAAUGAUAGAGGAGAAUGAAAGACAAAAUCUUACUCAAAUUAAAGAAUUUCAAGCUAAAUAUGACAGGGAAGACAAAAACAUAAGAAAGAGACUGGAGGAGAAGAAACAAAAGAUUGCUGAGAAAGGAGACAGACUAAAGAAGAAGUUCAUAGAAAAGGAGGAAACAUUCAGGAGAGAGUUUGAGGAGAAAGAAAAAUCAGAUCAGAAGAAACGAGAGACGGAGGAUCAGAAACGAUCAGAAGAAGAGAAACAGCAAGGAGAUGAAUAUCAUCUGAGAAUAGAGGAGAUGAAGAGAGAGAUAGAAGAUCAGAGAAUACAGUAUGAAGAAGAGCUAAAAGAAAGAGAAGAAGAAUAUAGAAAGAGAGAGGAAGAAUAUAAACAAGAGCGAGAAAAGAUGAGAAAUGAGCAGGAACACAUCAUGACAGAGUUAAGAAAAAAACAGGAAGAGGAAAUAAAAAAGAGAGAUUCAGAGGAACAAAUGAGGAAGGAACAAGAAGAGAAAGAGAGAGAAGAAUGGAAAAGAAAAAUAAAAGAUGCUGAAAAUGACAAAGAGACUCAAGAGGAAAUUAAACAACAGCAGAGAGAAUGGGAGGAAGAGAAGAAACGACAGAUGAGAGAACUAGAGGAAGAGGAAAGAGAGAGAAAAGAGAAACUCGAGGAACAACUGAGAGAAAAACAAGAAGAACUGGAGAACAAGAGAAAGACGUGA